CGGAAAAAAGUACCCAACAAGAAGAAUAAGACAGAGAAAAGUGCUUCCUUGUUUGUGUGUCACUUGGAGCAAUUAUGUAAUUUUAACUUUUAGUUUCGGUACCUAAAACAUGUUUAAUAAAGUAGGUUAAUUUGACCGGAUUUCACCGGACACAUAUCCAGCUUUAGGCUGGUCUUUAAAGUCAGAAUGCUGCUGUUUCUCCUCUGCUGCUUCUCUCUGUCUGCUCUGGGUCAACAAAAACCCGACGACUGGAUAGAUCCAUAUGACAUGCUCAACUACGACUCAAGCACCAAGACAAUGAAGACACCUUCCGAGCCAGCGACCUUUACAAACGUUGGCACCAAAAGAAGAGAGUACAUCCAGGAGCAGAGCCAGGCUGAGCUGACAGCAUGUAAACAGCAGACGGAGAAUCUACAGAGGCAGAUUGAAGACCUAAAGAAGGAGACAAUGCUCAUGUCGCAACAGCCGAGCUGCAAUCCAGUGUUCAAGAGGUUCCUCAGCAGACUGUUGAAGGAAAUACAGAGAAUCGGUGUGCCCAGUGACUCAUCAGAUGGCUUCUAUGACGCCAAAAUCAAGCUGUCCAAACAGGCCAUGACGGAGAUCCAGUCACUCCUGAAUGGGGAGGACAGAUGGAGAACUGGAGCUCUGGACAAUGCACUCAGCCAGAUCUUGAUGGACUUUAAAUUACAUGAUUAUGAACCCUGGAAGUGGAGAUUUGAAGAUACUUUCCAUGUUGAGCUUGACACUGUAUUAAAGGUCGGGAUACUCAUUCUCAUUAUAUCAACCGUCAUUGGCACCCAGCUGUGGUCCGCUGUCUCCUGGUUCGUUCAGUUCAGAAGGAUGUUUGCCAUUUGCUUCGCAAUCAGUAUUAUCUGGAACUGGUUCUAUCUAUACCAGACCGCCUUCGCUAAGCACCAAAACGAUAUUGUGCAGAUGGAAAACUUCAAUGAAAAAUGCACUGGAGUGAGAAAAAUUGACUGGAGGGAUAAUCUGAAAGAGUGGGUCAGAACAACCUGGACUCUUCAAGAUGACCCCUGCAAAAAAUACUAUGAAGUCCUGAUGGUUAACCCUCUCCUCUUGGUGCCGCCAACAAAGGCAAUAUCAGUCACCAUCACAACCUUCAUCACAGAGCCGCUGAAGCACCUUGGGCAGGGAAUAAGCGAGUUCCUGCGAGAACUCCUCAAAGAUCUCCCAGUGACCCUGCAGAUCCCCGUCCUCCUCACUAUUGUGCUUUCCAUAUUGGUGGUCAUGUAUGGAAGUGUGCAUGCAGCCUUUCAGCAUGGCAUCAUGGCACCGUUCCGCCGCCCUCGAAGGGAUCCACCACCGCUGGAUCGUCCUCAUCAUCCUCCUCCUCCGAUGAUUGAGGACCGCGAUUACUUGGCUGGAGGAGACGCUCCCGCUCAGGCACCUGUGCAACCGAUUGCUCCACAGAACAUCCUACGGCAGCGAGGGGAGGAUGCCAGGCUGGACCGGAAUGACGUCCACAGAAGACGACCCAAUAGGGUCCAGGAGGGCCCAGCACCUGCUAAGGUAGAGACAGUAAGAGCUGCAGAGCCUCUAUUCAGCGAGGAUGAAAGAGAUGGCGAGCAGCAUAAAGAGGAGCCUGAGGUUGUAGAGAACAAUUCUACUCCUGCCGAACCUGGUUCGAAAGACCAGCAGGGGAAGGUAGAAAAGAAGAAAGACCAGUAUGCUGCAUCAGAUUCAAGUCCAUCACAAACAAAAGGGAAACGUGUGAAAUCAAAGGAAAAAGAUUCUGAAGAUAAACGCAGCAGAGCUGAUGCAGCAGCCCCACCAGAGGUGCAGAGUUUACAGACUGAUGCCCAGUGCCAUGCAAACACAAAUAGGACGAAGGAUAAUUAUGGACCCCGAGGCCUCAACAGAAGAACAGAAACAAACGAUAUCACAGAGACACAUAGAGACUGUUGGAGUCCCUGUUCAGGAGACGAAUGCUUCAGUCGGGGAAUAGAAGCAUUUAUCAAAGGAGAAACUUCAAAAGCCAUCAGUGAUUGGUGCCAUUUAGUUAUAGGCACAUAUCAAAUCUACUGAAAUUUCAAAUGCUGUCUGGUGGAAAUGAUUAAUACUGUCGACUACCCACAGAACUGUUCAUUUUCUGCAUUUUUAACAGCUUUGCUUAUUUUUCAAUAGGCUUUUAUUUCAACUUUUGGUAUAAAAAGAUCAUAUCAUUGAGUUAUACAGUUCAGCUUUCCUUCACCACCCUCAAGGUCAUUGGAAUUUCAAAGCUGUGCUGUUACUCUAAGUUUUAGAUGAGAAUAAGAAUGAUGGUUGAUGUUUUGAAAUGAUUUGAAGAUGUAAGAUUUUUCUAAUCAAAUUGUAUAAUAAAUGUUUAUUUUUAUUUUUAUGGAAGAAUACAGUCUUUGUAGAAAUACUUUGUGGAUGUAUAUUCUUCACAUUCACUCUGAAACGCUGAUCAUGGAACAAUCUGCUUUUUGUUGAUUAAACAUCCAUCCAUGCA